GGGGCGGUGAGCGCCGCCGGGAGCGGCUCCUCCGCGGCGUCACGUGGUGCGCGCGGCAGGCCCGGGCGCUCGCGCCACGCCCCGAGCGGGGGGGGGCUCGGCCGCCGCCAUGGAGGCGAAGCCGGCGGAGCUGCCGCUCUGCGACAGCCUCAUCCUCUGGUUGCAGACGUUCAAUACUGCUGCGCCUUGCAGAGAUGUUCAGGACUUGACUAAUGGGGUUGCCAUGGCACAGGUGCUUCACCAAAUAGAUGUUGCUUGGUUUGAUGCUUCUUGGCUAAAUCGCAUUAAAGAUGAUGUUGGUGACAACUGGAGAAUAAAGUCCAGUAACCUGAAGAAGAUACUGCAAGGAAUUAUGGACUACUAUCAUGAGUUCUUAGGUCAGCAGAUUUCAGAAGAGCUUAUUCCAGACCUAAACCAGAUAUCUGAGAACUCUGAUCCCACUGAAUUGGGCAGGCUUCUGCAGCUUAUUUUAGGUUGCGCAGUCAACUGUGAAAGGAAACAAGAACACAUACAAACUAUCAUGACACUUGAAGAGUCUGUUCAGCAUGUUGUCAUGACUGCCAUUCAAGAGCUCAUGAGCAAGGAAAUAACGGGCCCAUCCACAAGUGAUUCAUCAAGUGAAAUGGAACAGCAGCUUAAAAAAGCUUUGGAAGAUCUUCAGGAAGCACUAGCAGAAAAAGAAGAAUUGGCACAAAGAUGUCAAGAGCUAGAUUUACAGGUGACUGCCCUCCAGGAUGAAAAAAAUAGCUUGAUGUCAGAAAAUGAGAUUAUGAAUGACAGGCUAGAUCAAUUAGACGACUCUCUUGAUGAUCCCAAUAGUGUGGUCGCAAAAAAGUAUUUUAAUGCACAAUUGCAGCUGGAACAACUGCAAGAAGAAAACUUCAGGCUUGAAGCUGCAAAAGAUGAUUAUCGUGUCCAUUGUGAAGACCUAGAAAAACAGUUGAUUGAACUACAACAUAGAAACAAUGAACUGACCUCUUUGGCAGAAGAAUCUAGAGCCUUGAAAGAUGAAAAUGAUAUUCUUAGGGCUACUGCAGACAAGGCAAGUAAGCUGGAAUCAACUGUUGAAGUGUAUCGUAAAAAGCUACAGGAUCUGAAUGACUUCCGCAGACAAGUCAAAUCCCUGCAAGAAACCAACAUGAUGUAUAUGCACAAUACUGUCAGUCUAGAGGAUGAACUGAAGAAAGCCAAUGCAGCACGUGCCCAGCUAGAAACCUACAAAAGACAGGUUCAGGAGCUUCAUAACAAACUCUCUGAAGAAUCAAAAAGAGCUGAUAAGCUAGCAUUUGAAAUGAAGCGACUUGAAGAAAAACAUGAAGCUUUAAUCAAAGAAAAAGAGAGACUGAUAGUGCAAUGUGAUGCAUUAAAAGAGACAAAUGAAGAGCUCCGGUAUUCACAGAUGCAGCAGGAUCAGCUGAGUCAAACAGGUGUCUCUCAUGUUAAAAGCCAUGAGAAUCUUGCUGCUGAAAUUCUGCCAGUGGAAUAUAGAGAAAAGUUUAUUCGGCUGCAGCAUGAAAAUAAGAUGCUUCUGUUAAAACAGGAAGGAUCAGAAAAUGAACGUAUUGCAGAGCUCCAGGAACAGCUGGAGCAAAAGCAUCGGACAGUGAACGAACUCGAAACUGAAAAAAGGCUAAAUGAAGAGCGUAUUGGGGCGUUACAACAGCAGAUUGAAGAUCUGCAAAGGACUUUACAGGAGCAGGGAUCCAAGACUGAAGGCUCUAGCAACCUGAAGCAGAAGUGGGCAGCACAUAUGGAAAAGUUGAAUGAAGUUCACGAUGAGUUACAGAAGAAAGAGGCUGAUCUUGCAGAACUCCAGCCUGAUGUUAGUCAGAACCCCCAGAAGGUUGGAGAGCUGGAAGCAGCUUUGCGAAAAAAAGAUGAGGAUAUGAAAGCAAUGGAAGAAAGAUAUAAGAUGUACCUUGAGAAGGCAAGAAAUGUGAUAAAAACCUUGGACCCCAAGCUAAAUCCAGCAUCAGCAGAAAUUAUGUUGCUCAGAAAACAGUUAAUAGAGAAAGACAAAAAAAUUGAAGCACUGGAGGCUGAAUACAAACUUGCUAAGUUACGUGACUAUGAAGAAAAGCUAAUUGUAACUGCGUGGUAUAACAAGAGCAUAACUCUUCAGAAGCUAGGAAUGGAAUCAAGACUGGUUGGCAAUAGCAGUGCCUGCAGAGAUGGUCCGGGACGCUCAUUCCUAGCUCAGCAACGUCAUGUCACCAAUACUAGAAGGAAUCUCACUGUUAAAGUACCAGGUGCAACAUCUGAUUAAACCACAAGGACCAUGAAGAAAACUUACACGCUUAAGUGUCCUUAAAUGUUUUAUAGCCUCCGCUUCAACUAUUUGAUGAAAGAGGAGGUUAGAACGGUGGGCAAUUGUGAAUUCAACAUUGGAGCCUAUCAAGAAGUGAUUAAGUCGAUCAGUGGCAUGUCUAGGACGUAGCACGUAGUUUUCCAGGUAGAAGCAGAUUUAAUAACUGCAUUAUGUAUUUAAGCACAACUUAAAAGAUUUAUAUUUGCCUUCAGAAUAUAUUGUAAAUAUAAAAAUAUAAAAAAAAAUAAAAAUUGGCACUAUAUAUUUAAAACUUUAUUUAAUGGGUUUGGGCUAGAAAGUUGACUUUUGUAAUGGGAAGUUGUCAGGCAAAAAUGUACUUCAGGAAACUGGCAAUAUUGGGCAUUUUUGCUGGGCUCUUCUAAAAAUAAAUGUGAAAGAUUGGUACCAUGUUUUUAAAAAUACUUUUUUUUUAGAAUACAAAGUACAAUUUUAAAGGCAAGAAAAUACUUGCUUUAUAAAAGAAGUGUAGUACCAAUGGACUUGUUAUAGAACAGAAAACAGGAUUUGGUUUGUUGUCGCAAGUGAGAAGCAGAGUUACUCAAUUUAUGUAAAAAGAAGAGAUUAAGUUUGUGCAUAUAUACAUGAAAGAAACCCUGUCUUUAAGAUGUUGAAUUCACUAAAGCCAAAUAAGCUGUCUUUUCCUGGGGGGGGGAGGGGGGUAUAAACCUGUUACAAUAAUUCAAAAGUCUGGGCUAUGUUUUAAAAGUCUGGUGUAUUGGUACGCUGCAUUUACUUGCAGAAAGGGAAGGAACCCCAUUUAUUCCCAGCUAUUUAUACAACCCUGUGUAUAGAAAUUAAUCUUCCUCUUUUUUAAAUGUAGUUUCACUUCAGUUAUUCUGAACCAACUGCGUGAGGCAGACGAAAUAAAGAUAGCUUUGCUACUUGUUGGCAGCAGAGAUUGUUGGCAGGGAGAAAAGUGAAUGAACUAUAAUAGUUUUGCAGGAUCUAGAUUGAAAAAGGUGAAAUGGGGAUUGAUAUCUGAAAUUUGUAUGCGGGAAGUUGCUAUCUUUCACAAAAUUUGUGUCGCUUUAAUUACCAAAUGUCUUAUUUUUGUUGUGAACUGUAUUUUUACGAAAUCUGUUAGGGUCUGUUCUUCUUUGCAAACUGUCUAGAACAAAUUCGUUAUACCCAUAUUUAAACAAACCCACAGCAGCCCCUACAAUAAAAUGAGUACACCUAAACUAAGCAUGUGAGGGUGCUGUACCAGUCUAUGAUAAAACUUAGCCAUAUACGUCAAUCAAAGCUUAUGUCUGUCUUCAUUAAGGCUAUCUUUGAUUUGAGAGCAGGAUUCAGCUUUGCAGAAUUUAAGUUCUGAAUUGUGAAGUUUGAGUGGUCUUCUAUUUUGCAUGCCCCUUAGUAAGGCUUGUUCUUUGAUUUCUUCCCUCCCCAGCAUCUCUGAAUUCCUUAUAGAGCAUUGCUUGCAAUGCUAGAGAAAAGGGAAGUUUUCAUUUUUAAUGCUUAGGUAGUGUUUCUUCGUAGCUGUGGUAGUUCUACAGUGCUGUACAGCUAGGCAGUCAGCAGAAAUUUUCAGACGUUGUAUCUGCAAAAGGCAUUCUGUGAAAGCCAGUCUCACGCUAAGUGUGGUGUGAGCAGAGAAUAUGGUGGCCAAACUACUGUUGGACCGUUUUGUCUGUCAGGUUGUGUUCUUCAGGACUCGAUGCUGCUUUGACUACCUCUUGGGUUUGAGGUCUUUUAUUGCUGCAGUGAUAUGUUGGACUUUGUAUUUUUAAGAUAAAAUUGCUUGUUUAAUCUGCUAGUGGUGUGGGAGAUGGUGAGCAGUGGAACAGCAGACUAAGUCUUAGCUAGAUGCUUACAUUUCUAGAGCCUGGUACGUUGGUGUGUUCUAGUGAAAUGUGAAACUGUCACUGGUGAUGUUGAAUGGGUCUGUUAACCCUCGUUCUUUAUGGCAUGGAAACUUUCAUGGAUGUCUUUCCAAUACUCACCUAGUUAGGUAGGCUUGAUGCAUUUGUCGUACUUCUCACAGUAGUAGAGCUGUGUCAGUAAUCAUAUCAGGUGCUGAAUAGUGAAAACCUUGGCGCAAAUAUCAUUGAUGUACACUUCUCAAAACUGCAGACCCUGGGACCAAAAAACGACCAAGAACCUCCCUGUCACUUAAUUGGAAGCUUGUCUUCUGACGAACCGUGGAAGAAUUUAAAUGGCAAACUACAGACAGGGAUCGGCCUUUUUCAGGGCAAGGUUGUCCCCCAUAGGGUUAUUGGGGUUGCGUAAAACAAAUUGGGUUUCCAGGUGUUAGGUAAAAUUCUACUUAUUUGAGACUUUUCCAAACUGUUAACAGUUAAGCCUGUGAAUAUAGCUUAAGUGUUUCUUUGGGAUUGAGAGCCUGUUUAAGAGUGGCUGUUUUAUAACUGGUUAAACUUAGGUUAUAUAUUAUGAACAAGGAACCAAUCAGUAGAAAUAAAUAUUUGAUUAUAAGCCAUGGUGUUGUAUUCACUUCAGCUCAUCUGGGUUUGCAGAAAAGAUCAUUAGAAUAAAUAUUUUAACAUUAACUUCAUUCAUGUCUAACAAAAAAAGCUACUAAUAGCAUUGCUGUGUUACAGCUGAGUUGUAUGCAGCACGUAGCAGCAGAACAAUGUCAAUAUGAUGUUCUUUGACAUAAUUUUCAUCACUGCUGAGGAGGGGCGAAGAAAGAGGCUACUUUUCCCUGCUGCAAGAUGAAUUCGUAUCAUGCCCGGACGGAACAGUUAGGAACAGAUUCAAAUCGCAAGAUUAAAUCAUUGAAUAUUGCUGAAUUUAAUCAGCAUUAUUCAUAGCUUUAGCCAGUUUCCAAUAAAACGGGUAAUAGAGAUCCAAAGAAACAAAAAAAGUUGUGAUUGACAUAUCAUUUGUUAAUAUUUUUUUAUUUAAGAUUAAAAAUAACCACUAUGGAACAGAAGUGUUUUGUAGCAAUAAUACAGAUUUUGGACUAGUAGGUUCUUAAGGUGGAUCAGGCAGCAGUUUUGAGAAGAUUCUUUUGCAACAACGGUAUUACAGUGGAUGAAGAAAUAUUCACUGGAAAAAAAAUUUCACCUAACUGAUCUUUUUGUUCAUUAAAAUAUGUAUAUGGGUAUUCUAUUUUCUACAAUAUACACUUACUUGGAAAUAAGUAAUAUAAGCAAUACUGAUGUUUUAUUUAGGUAGCCAUAAAUAAUUUAGGAAUUAGAAAACAGUUGUUUAAGAGUUGGUAAUGUCUAGUAAAGUAAUUUUCUUAAUGUUUUUGCUUUUUUCCUCUCCCCCCUGCACUAGUCAAGCUAGAGUUAAGGUUUUCAGUGUAUCAGUGUCUACAUCUUCUGUUUAAACCAAAUGUAAACACUGUGUUGCAUAGAACUUGAAAAAUUGCACUAAUUUUUAAACUUUGCUUUUAUUUUUCUUUGGAAAUAAUUCUUUUAUAUUCACAUAAAGAUUUUUAAAAGUAA